AUGGCAAAUGCCCUGCAAGCCCUCCAUAAAACCCUAGCCAGCGAGGCUGCGGCAAUACAACAGGCGAUCGCCAGUAACACUGGAUGCACAGACACGGAGGCGUUUGUUGAGUAUCUCCUUGCGUUGAGUGAUCUGGAGGAACACUAUCGGUCGCUGGACGCAGAGACAGCCCUCAAAGACGAGUAUGCUAUUGCGCGUGGAGAAGAUUUCGCAGAGAGACAGGACCCGAUUGGGAUUGCCUACAUUGUCCCGACAACGUAUACCUUGUUUUAUUCUACUAUUGUUGCUGUCGGCGCUGCCUUGGCUGCUGGUAACUGCGUCGUGAUCGAGGUAUACCUAGCAAGCUUGUCAGAUCGAUGA